CAUAAUGGCUCUUUCUCUUACAAUAUGUGAAUGUGUCUAUUUAAUUAUUCAAAAGACGCGCAUGACCAUACGACAGAUCUGUGGAAAUUUUAAGUAAUUUUACUGCCUCGUCACCUUGUGUCUAGACAAAUGCAUUUGGCACUUGCUGAUGGUGUACUCCACGAGAAAAAGCAUUACCGUACAUACCAGAGGUCUUCAUCUGGAUGAUCAGGAGAGGGAAACAAAGACCACUUAAAAGGAAUUUAUAAGUAUUUGACCUUACUCAAAAUGUGCAGAGAAGAAUAAUGGAAGCCCCUGAAUACCUUGACUUGGAUGAGAUUGACUUUAGUGAUGACAUAUCUUAUUCAGUCACGUCACUCAAGACCAUCCCAGAACUGUGCCGAAGAUGUGAUUCGCAAAACGAAGACCGAUCAGUUUCUAGCUCUAGCUGGAGCUGUGGCGUCUCCACUCUGAUUGCAAACGCGCAGAAGCCCACGGGCAUCGCGGACGUGUACAGUAAGUUCCGUCCCGUGAAGCGGGUGUCCCCACUCAAACACCAGCCGGAGACCCUGGAGAGCAAUGACAACGACGACCAGAAGAGCCAGAAGCUGGAGUUCCAAAAAGGCGGGGAGCCUGCCCCAGGCCCCCCACCCGAGGAGCUGGGCCCUGGGGACGGCGGGGGCGGCCCGGGGAAGGGCUCGGAGCCCGGCCCAGCGCUGGGCGAGCUGGAGCACUACGACCUGGACAUGGACGAGAUCCUCGACGUGCCUUACAUCAAGGCCAGCCCGCAGCUGGCGCCGUUCUCCAAGGCGACUUCCGAGAAGAGAAUUCUGGGUCUAUGCACCACCGUCAAUGGCCUUUCUGGCAAAGCCUGCUCCACCGGAAGUGCCGAGCUCGCUCCCCCCAGCGCGACGCCCUUCUGUGUCCUUUCUCCCAUGAAAAGCCCUCACCUGAGAAAAGCGCCCUCCGGGGCCCGGGAGCUGCACAAGCCGCCCGCGGAGGGGCCCGACAGCUCGCAGCCCCCGCUCCCCUCGCAGCCCCCGCUCCCGUGCGGCUCGGCCUACGAGCCCGAAAAUCCCAGUAAGGACUUUCUGAGCAAGACCUUCGGCGACCCGCGUGCACGGAAGGCCGAGCAGGGCCCCGACUGCCAGCUCCGGGCCUUCCACCUGCAGCCUGCGGCAGAGCCCAGGCCAGAGCAGCCGGUCCCCGUGGGCGGCCCCGGCCGGGCCAGCUCCCAAAGCCCAGAGGACAGGAGUGAGCAUCUGAAGAAGGUCAGGAGCGUCCUGAACAUCGUUAAGGAGGGGCAGAUAUCGCUCCUGCCACACCUAGCUGCAGACAAUCUAGACAAAAUUCACGACGAAAAUGGAAACAAUCUGUUACACAUCGCGGCAUCCCAGGGCCACGCCGAGUGUCUGCAGCACCUCACCUCUCUGAUGGGAGAAGAUUGCCUUAAUGAGCGGAACACCGAGAAGCUGACCCCGGCAGGCCUGGCCAUCAAGAAUGGUCGGCUGGAAUGCGUACGCUGGAUGGUGAGCGAAACGGAAGCCAUUGCGGAACUGAGCUGCUCUAAGGAUUUUCCAAGUCUUAUUCAUUAUGCAGGAUGCUAUGGUCAGGAAAAGAUUCUCCUGUGGCUUCUUCAGUUUAUGCAAGAGCAAGGCAUCUCGUUGGAUGAAGUAGACCAGGAUGGCAACAGCGCUGUUCACGUCGCCUCGCAGCACGGCUUCCUCGGGUGCAUACAGACCUUGGUUGAGUACGGAGCCAAUGUCACCAUGCAGAACCAGGCGGGGGAGAAGCCCUCCCAGAGCGCCGAGCGGCACGGCCACACCCUGUGCUCCAGGUACCUGGUGGUGGUGGAGACCUGCAUGUCCCUGGCCUCUCAGGUGGUGAAACUGACCAAGCAGCUGAAGGAACAGACAGUGGAACGUGUCACUCUGCAGAACCAACUCCAGCAACUUCUAGAAGCCCAGAAAUCAGAGGGCAAGUCCCUCCCUUCUUCACCCAGUUCUCCGUCCUCGCCAGCUUCCAGAAAAUCUCAGUGGAAAUCUCCAGACGCAGACGACGAGUCAGGAGCUAAAAGCAAACCGGGGGUCCAAGAGGGGAUCCAGGUUCUUGGAAGCCUGUCAGCCCCCAGCCGGGCACGGGCUAAAGCAAAAGACGAAGAUUCCGAUAAAAUCCUACGCCAGUUGUUGGGAAAAGAAAUCUCGGAGAAUGUCUGCACCCAGGAAAAGCUGUCCUUGGAAUUCCAGGAUGCUCAGGCCUCCUCUAGAAACUCAAAGAAGAGCCCUCUGGAAAGGAGAGAACUGAAGUUAGCCAGGCUGAGGCAGCUAAUGCAGAGGUCACUGAGUGAGUCCGACACGGACUCCAACAACUCCGAGGACCCCAAGAACACCCCCGUGAGGAAGGCUGAGCGGCCCAGGCCACAGCCCAUCGUAGAGAGCGUGGAGGGCAUGGACAGCGCGGAGAGCUUACACCUGAUGAUAAAGAAACACACCUUGGCGUCAGGACGCAGGUUUCCUUUUAGUAUCAAAGCCUCCAAAUCCCUGGAGGGCCACAGCCCGUCUCCCACCUCAGAGAGCAGUGAGCCGGACUUGGAAUCCCAGUAUUCGGGCUUGGGCAACACUCCCCUAAACCAGCCAUCUGGAGACUCCACUCAGCCCAGCCCUGACAGCACUGCCGCCCAGAAAGUCGCCACGAGUCCCAAGAGUGCCCUCAAGUCUCCGUCCUCCAAGCGCCGGACAUCUCAGAACUCGAAACUCCGAGUCACCUUUGAGGAGCCCGUGGUGCACGUGGAGCAGAGUAGCCUUGAGCUCAGUGGAGAAAAGGACAAGGACAGAGGCAGGCCCCCCCAGAGGCCGUCCACCAGCAGUGAAUCGGGCGAUCAACUGAAAAGGCCUUUCGGGACCUUUCGCUCCAUCAUGGAGACGCUUAGUGGCAACCAGAACAACAACAACAACGCCCAGGCCAGCCCGCUGAGGACUUCCACCCUGCCCCUACCCUCCCUGGGCAGGAAGACGGCAGACGCCAAGGGAAACCCCGUGAGCUCUGCUAGCAAAGGCAAGAGCAAGGCAGUGACGUUCGGCAGCUGCAUCAAUCUCUCCUCUAACUCGCUGACGGAAGAGCAUCUGCAUAGCUCUGCACGGCAUAAUGACAUCAAUAAAAAAAUGAAGAAAUCCUACAGCGUAAAGCACAUGGCUGAGCCAGAGUCAAAAGAACUCUUCUUGUAAAUCACUUUUUUUUUUUUAAUUAUCUCUCACUGAUUCCCAUUGGACACCAUCAGAAAUUACUGGACUACCAUCUGUGGAGAUGAAACCAUAAGAACAAUGCCUCACCAGCAGAUAAACAGCAUAUCAAGAUGCCUUAAAUUUAUAGUAUAGACCAUGUAAUAUACAUUUUUGGGUGAUAUUUGUAUAUAUAACUUGUUUUUAAAGAGAUACUGUUUAAAAGCAUGAUUGAGCAAAUGAAUGUUUUUAAAUAUUGAAUCGAUUCAGCCUACCCACAGGACAUUCACCAAGCCACUGACCCCACGUGGCAUUUCAUCCAUUGCAUGAGUAUUUGCUAACAUCGACUGAGCAUCCCUUUCCCCUUAAUGUGGGCAGUUUGGACUCAGCUCUGCAGUGAGACCAAGUCAGUGGUACUGUUUUCUGCCCAGAGUGUUUUUGCUGUGAUUUCUACUUUUUUGCAUAAAGGAAAUAAAACAAUGUUAAA